GAAAGUUUUGCUUUUGCGACGUAAAGGAAUAGAAAACUAACAUUAAUUAUUUCAAAGUAGCUUUUAUUGAGACAAACUCAUUUCCUUCUAAUAAGCUUAACAUAUCUAUGCUUAAACUAUUGAGCAAUUACAGCAUUUUACGUGGGAAAGCGCCUGCGAUCAUAAAGACAUAUAACUUACAUCAGUUAUAAGUACAUUAUAGUACUACCACUCUGUACUAAUGGUACUAGUACAGUAUCAAAUCAUCGAUUGAGGUUUAAUUUUAAAAAAAUUUGACCAUAUUUUGAGAAAAACGAUGUUUUUAAGAUGUAGUCGUUUGCUGCAAUUUACUUCUACUGUACAUACUGGAUUAGUGGAAUUUUGUUUCAGAGGAUGUUCAUGUAUGCACAGAUUACAGCCUACAAAUUUGAUCCUCAAUUGUCAAAGAGCAUUUUCUGACUAUAAAGAGCAGCAGCAAGUAAGUGAUGAAGUGGCAAGACUUUUGCAAAUGUCCAAACCAACUUUUGUGAAUGGUCGAUAUGUUAAAGCAAAAAUCAGUGCAAGAAAAUUGGCUAAUUUAAGAAAAAAAUAUAUUGCCGACGGGUAUUUUUGGCCUGAAAAGCCACUUCGAGACAAAUCAUUAGAUUUUACCAACAGAGGAUCAAAAAAAGAAAAAGCAAAAGAGGAAAGGCAAAAGUUGAUUGAAGAAAAUAUGAAGAAAAUGCCCGAAAUCAUUGCACAAUAUAGAGCAAGAAUGAAGGAGCUUUGUGAAAAAAAAAGAGAGUUGAAAGAGAAGCAGAGGGAAAAACAAUUUGAAGCUCAACGUAUGGGUUAUCAUCCGAAAGAUCCCAGGGGAAUGCAGAAACUUCUGCAAGCUGAGGCAAUGGAGGCUAAGAAAAAGAAACGAAUGCAAAAGAAAUCUGGGAGUCAUUAAAACCAUGUUUUUAAAAUAACACAUAUAGCAAAAAUGUCUGGUGGCAACCUUGAGAAAAUUUGAUGAAUAGUAGUUGGUAAACAGCAACAAGCAGGUUGAAUGAGCACUAUGUCAUGUUUGGCAUUGCUAGUGGUUGUCUAAUUCAAAGAAUAAUUUCACCCAACACUGUAAAAAAUUGCACACAAUUUUCCAUUUUGAUGCUCUGUAAUGGCAUAUCCAUUAAAUGUCUCUGCACUUUGCUAUAACUGAUUUCAUAUUAAUUUAGCAAUUAUUGAAUAUUGUAUGAAAAAACAAUUUAGUUUGCAAUAAAUGUUGGACAGUUAAAUUACUAGUAUCAUGAGUAUUUAUUGUUGAUAAUAUAAACGUUAUUAAUAACUUUUUCCAGCUGGCAAUUGUAGAAAAUAUCACAACAAAUGUCAGAAUCAUAGUUUACAACUUUCAUAGAUGAUGAUGUAACUAAAAGGUCCUUUUAAAAUAUCAUAAUUUAAUUAAAUACUUUUUGAAAUGUUGCUUUAAA